AUGUCAAAGACAAGUGUUCAAAGAGUUAUUAAGCGGUUUGAUACUAAAAAUACAAAUACCAAAAAGUUGAAGAAAUCGUAUCAAGGUCGGCGUAAAUCAUUGACGGAACGAGAUGAGCGCAAACUCAAAAGAGCAAUUAUCCAACUCCGAGAAAAAAGUCCUAAUUUCACAGUUAUGGAAGUAGUGCAGCGUAGCGGUAUCUCACCUACAAUUGCGACAUACAGAACAUUUCUUCGAUAUGUGAAACGGCUGGGAUAUGGUUUUUUUCAAAGUCGCAAGAAAGGGGUUCUCACAAAGAAAGAUUUAAAAAUACACCGUAAGUUUGCACGAAGCAUGGCUACCAAACCCCAAGAUUACUGGACCUCAGAUGUUUCUUUCUAUUUGGAUGGUGUUUCCUUUAUUUACAAAAGUAAUCCAAUGAGUGACGUACUUAAACCAAAAAAUCGUGUUUGGCGGAAAAGAGGUGAAGGUUUGCUAUUAACUACAAAAGGUAGCAAAGAACUUGCUGGCGGUAAAAGGUUGCAUUUGCUAGUUGCCAUGGCGCAUGGGCAUGGCGUUAUUUGUGCAGAACCAUAUGUAAAGAUGGAUGGCCCAUAUUUUGCACGUUUUAUACGCCGUCAUUUUCCUAUUCUCUUUGACAUCACGUCAAACAAUGAUAAUACCAAACCGAAAUUAUUUGUAAUGGAUAAUGAUCCUUCACAAACGUCGGCUGUUGCAAGGAAAGCCUUAAAAUCUAUCAAAGCAAGCAUGCAAGUUAUUCCAGCAAGAUCACCUGAUUUGAAUCCAAUUGAAAAUUUGUUUCAUAUUGUGCGAAAAAAAAUUGAAGCAGAAAUCUUACAGAAGAACGUUAUAUACCAGUCAUGGGAUGAAUUUGUCGAAAGGGUGAAAUUUAAUAUUUGGUCAGUCUCACAAGAAUAUGUAGAUAAGACAAUUGCAAGUAUGCCAAGGAGAAUUAAAGAUAUUGUUAAACAUAAGGGAAAGCGUACAAAAUACUAA